AUGGAUCAGACUGAACAUAUGCAUAUGUUUGUCAAUGGUCUCAAAAUAAAGACAAAACAAUUGAUUGAUACAGCAGCCGGUGGCUCAGCCAAUUUCUCAACAACCACCAGUAUUAAAAAGAUCAUUGAAGCGAUAGCUGCAAAUUAUCAUCUGGAGUUAUAUGAUAGAUGUACAAGCAAACCUAAGGGAGUUAUUGAUAUGAAGUGGGAAACUAAUAAAAUCCGGUUGGAAGAUACAGUAGCUGCUGAAGUGGAAAAGAAUUUGAAAGCUAUGAAUAUAGGUACUCAACAGGUAGCUCAAGUUCAACCUGCUCAGACCAUCACUUGUGAAAUUUAUAAUGGACCUCACCACAUUAUGUAUUGCUUUGCGACCCCUCAACAAAUUGAAGAGAUAAAUUUUUUGAAACAGAAUAAUCCUUACUCCAACACUUACAAUCCAGUGACAAGAAGUGGUAAGUCUACUGAGAAAUCGGAAGAAAGAAUUGGAGAAGAAUAUGGGUUGUUGGAAGUCGAGUUAGAAAUUAAAGAACUGAAGAAAACGGAGGAGGAUGUUGUGAUAAUGCCUAUAAAGGAGAAGGAAAAAGUUGUCAAGCCAAUCAUUAAACUUCCUUAUCCUUCGAGACAAAAGAAGAAAGACCAACAUGAGAAGAAUUUUGAUAAGUUUUUGGAGAUGUUUAAAAAACUUGAGAUAAACAUUCCAUUUUCUGAAGCUCUGGAGCAGAUGCCAAUAUAUGCCAAAUUCAUGAAAGACAUCAUCUCCAAAAAGCUCUCCACAAAUGUAGAACCGUUCAUCCUCACUGAAACUUGCAGUGCUAUUCUCCAAGGUAUGAAAAUUCCUGUGAAAAAGAAAGAUAGGGGUUCUGUUACUAUUCCUUGCACUAUUGGUGAUAGAAAAUUCAAGAAGGCUCUAAUUGAUUUGGGAGCUAGUAUGAGUUUGAUGUCGCUGUCCAUUUAUAAAAAAUUUGGCCUUGGCACCCUUCAAGACACUAGGAUGACUCUUCAAUUUGUUGAUCGCUCAGUUAGGCGAACUUAUGGAAUUGUGCAAGAUGUUCUGGUAAAGAUAGAUAAAUUUGUGUUUCCGGUUUACUUUGUCAUUCUUGAGAUGCCUGAAGAUGAGGAGAUCCCUCUCAUAUUGGGCAUACCAUUUUUAGAAACAGGACGAUGUAUGAUAGACAUAGAGGAAGGAACAAUGACCCUCAAAGUCUAUGAUGAAGAAUUGAAAAUUGAUGUUGGGAACACUAUGCAAUACAAAGAUGAUGUUGGCACGAGUCACACUGUAGAGGUAAUAGAUCAAGUGAUUGCUCAAGGAAUUGAAAUGAAAACACCUCAGUUACCUUUAAAACGUGUUUUGACCUUGUCAAUUUUUGAAAGUGAUGAAGAUGAGAGAGAGUCAGAAGUGCUAGCCAUGAUGGAUGCACAACCUCAAUGGAUUAGAUUUAAACCACACCGGUGGGAAUAUUUAAGACCGCCCCAAUCAUCAUAA